AUGUGGUUGGUGCUGGUGGGGCUAGCCGCCCUCUCAGCGGCCGAUGCUCUGCAGCCGCGCUGUCAGGAGAUCACCAUUCCCAUGUGCCGGGGGAUAGGUUACAAUCUAACGAGCUUCCCUAAUGCGCUGGACCAUGAUACACAAGAAGAAGCCGGAUUAGAGGUUCACCAAUACUGGCCCCUCGUUGAAAUCAGAUGCUCAGCCGACCUUAAGUUCUUCCUGUGCUCCGUGUACACGCCCAUCUGCAUCGAAGACUACCAGAAACCACUGCCGGCCUGCCGGAGCGUGUGCGAGCGCGCGAGAGCGGGAUGUGCGCCUCUCAUGCAGCAGUACGGCUUCCAGUGGCCCGAAAGGAUGGCUUGCGAACGCUUGCCUCGCGCCGGGGAUCCCGACCAACUAUGCAUGGAAGAAACCGAACGAGUUCGCGAACCUCCCCCGCCCCCCGCGAGGCGUCCCCCUCGCCCCUCUUGCACGGACCCAAAAAACUGCGCGGGCGCCGCUGCCACGGCCGACGCGGCGCCGGGCGGCGGCGGCGCGUGCGUGUGCACGUGCAAGCCGCCGCUCGUCAGCACGCGCGCGACCAGCCCCGCGCACGGCCCGCCGCACAGCCCCGCGCUAAGCCCCGCCAACACAAGCAGCGGGCCGCUCGUGCCCGGCUGCGCGCUGCCGUGCCGCGGAGCGUUCUUCACCCGCGACGAGAAAGAGUUCGCCGCCGUCUGGGUGGCGCUGUGGGGGGGCCUGUGUGCCGCCAGCACGCUCAUGACCCUCACCACCUUCCUGAUCGACUCCCAGCGGUUUAAGUAUCCGGAACGACCGAUAGUUUAUUUGUCCGCUUGCUACUUCAUGGUCUCGCUCGGAUACCUGGCGCGGCUCGCGAUCGGUCACGACGAGGUGGCGUGCGACGGUCCUCUUCUGCGCACGAACGUCAACGGUCCCGGAGCCUGCACGCUAGUGUUCGUCCUGGUUUACUUCUUCGGCAUGGCGUCAUCCAUCUGGUGGGUGGUGCUCUCCUUCGCGUGGUUUCUCGCCGCCGGUCUGAAAUGGGGCAACGAGGCUAUCGCCGGGCACGCCCAGUACUACCAUCUGGCGGCCUGGCUGAUUCCCGCCGCCAAAACGGUCGCCGUCCUCCUCGCCGGUGCGGUCGACGGCGAUCCCGUCGCCGGAAUCUGCUACGUGGGCAACUCCUCGCCGGAGAAUCUCAAACGCUACGUUCUGGCACCGCUGAUAGUGUACUUCGCCCUCGGCGCCACUUUCCUUCUCGCCGGUUUCGUGUCCCUGUUCCGCAUCCGAUCGGUGAUCAAGCGCCAGGGAGGAAUCGGCGCCGGCUCCAAGGCGGACAAACUGGAGAAGCUGAUGAUCCGCAUCGGAGUCUUCAGCGUGCUCUACGCGGUGCCGGCCGGAGUGGUCAUCGGAUGUCUCGCCUACGAGGCGGGCGGGCACGAGCGGUGGAUCCGAAGGGUCGCGUGCGGCCCCACGUGCGGGCCGCGGCCGCUGUACUCCGCACUGAUGCUGAAGUACUUCAUGGCCCUCGCCGUGGGCAUCACGUCGGGCGUGUGGAUCUGGUCGGGCAAGACGCUGGACUCGUGGCGGCGCGUGUGGCGCGGCGGGCGCGAGCCGCCGGCGGCGCAGCGCGCGCUCGUCAAGGGCGGCGUGUGA